GGGACAACUGUGCUUUACCACUAUGCCUUCAAGAACUAUCACCCAAGGUAUUAUAUUCAGCUUGCAGGCAGCAUCCGUUGGAUUUGUAUUCAGCGUGUUCGGUCCGAGCCUGCCUGACCUGCAGUGUUUGUUCAAUACAAGCCUCAAAGCCUUGAGCCUUCUGUUUGUCUUACUGUCUCUCGGUUUAGUCUUUGGACAAAGUAUCUCUGGGUGUCUGAUCAAGAGGUUCUCUCCCUAUCUGCUCAUGUUUAUUGCCGUUAUUCUACAAAGUGGAAGUUACAUACUACUGCCUCUGCCCAAGGAAGUCUAUGCAGCAACUGUGGUUAUAACCCUGAUUGGAAUAUCUUCUGGACUGGGCAUAUGUGUUAUCUUGCACAUGACGAACGUCGUGUGGCCUGGCAAUGUUCGCAUCACCCAUCUGCUGUUCAGCGUGGCCUCGGCAGGGUGCGUGCUUGGUCCCCUCUUGUUAACCCCUUUCCUUAGCGAUGGCACAGUCACCUGGAAGAAUCAAACUAACUUCGUACAUUCGCUACCACACUUAAAUUCCUAUUGUCUCGAUAUGGAUAACGAAACCCAUGUCGAUGGGAGCAUCCAUGCAUGUUUAAACUGUCAAAAUGUCUUCACAAUGAUACAAUUUGCAUUUUUGCUGUUGGGUUUAUUUGGAGUUCCUUCUAUCGUUGGUCAGUUGACGUUCUUCAUUAAACUGAAGCUCGAGGAGGUUACUGGUGAAUACUCCACCAUAAAUAAUGAGACGACAAAACUAAACAAACCAAAAGCCCCAUAUUUAGUUCUGAUGUUCCUAUUCCUCCUUCAAAGUCAAGGAUUCCCUUCGGGGUUUUCGGCACUUUUAUCAACUUUUGGUGUCCAGAGUUCACAUCUCAGUCUAAGCGAAAUGUCUCUUAUGACGUCAUUCUUCUGGCUGGUAUUUACCGCGGGCCGCCUUCUGUCAGCAUUCCUGUCGGGAAGAAUAACACAGACAAAUAUCCUCAAUGUGUGCAUGGUAGGAAAUGUCAUCGGCACAGUUGUACUGUGUGGAAGCUUUUACUGGGGUCGAAUAUCGCUGUGGAGUACCUGUGUGUUUUAUGGAUUGUGUUCGGCACCGAUAUUACCUGCAGGUAUAGGCUGGUCAAGACAUGUCAUCCAAGUCACACCGAACAUCGAGGCUUCUUAUAUGGUUUCAAUGUCUAGUGGAUUAGUGAUGCCAUACAUCUGCGGAUUUCUCAUGGAUACAUUUGGACCUUAUUCUUUUAUAUAUUUUUUCAUCGCAUUUUGCGUUUAUAAUUGCUUCAUUUAUAUAUCUGUGCACCUGUAUAUAAAAAUGUGA